AGCCGGCUAGCGAGAGGGCGCCACGAGGUGCGGGGUCGUCCUGAUGGGGACGACGGGGGCGACCAACCGCCAGGACCUUUCUCUAGCUAACCUUCCGCGUCCUGCCCCCGGCCUGGUUUGGAAGGGGCGUCCCGCCGCGCCGCCCGGGCCGCCUGCAGCCCCUCUGGGAUGGAGGUCCUGGACGAGUUCGACAGCGAGUUACCCCAGAGUGUGACCUUCUGCCAGCUCAUUUCCGAGGAGGACUUCGAGAGGCAGGCGGCCACCCACACGGAGCGCGCGCUGCGCCGCCUUUUCCGCAGCAUCGACCGCAACCCCGCGCUGGCCGAGAGGGUGGUGCGCAAGGGCAAGCUGGCCGAGUACGAGGGGCGCGGGCUCCUCUCCUUCCUCUGGGCCAAGUUCUUCUGUGCAGUUCAGGGGGAGCUGAAUUGUUGCAACAGCAUGGGUGCCCUGGAGAUGCACCAGCGCCUAGAGCAGCUGAAGAGGGGGAUCCACCGCGUGCACCUCUACUCCCAGGAUGCCAAGAAGAAGAGAAGAAAGCCAAAACUGAAGAAACCGGAACCCAUCCUCUUGAGAGACCGAUCAACCUCCCCAUGCCUGCCACCAGCCCUGCUGCCACCUCCCCCACUGCCGUCACCUGCCACCACCAUGGCCUCCGUGGUGGCCCCAUCGCCUCCUGUCUACACUAUGCCUAGGGUCUUUGGUCCCUUCCUUCCGCUGCCCAGCAAGUCGAUGGAGAAGUUGGAGGUUGCAAGGUCAGAAGUGAAACUGAACUGGGCUGGCCUGUCAUCGAACCCAAAGAGACACAUGGUUGAUCUGACCCCCUUGGUCCUCAAUCCCGGAGGCUUCCAUUUCUCGUACCUGGCUGGAAACAGUGCGCACAAGCUCCACUGCCCUGGCUUCCCCUGGACCUCGGCUUGUAGUGGCUCCCCCAAGACCGAAGAGACACCACUCUCUCCUGUGAAGGCCUCCAUCUUCACCCCGCCUGUCUUGCUCAAGUUCCAGCCUGUGCCAAGACCUAAAGAUGACUCUGAGAACGACCCCAGCAGCACAGAGUCUGUGCCUCCCAAGAGGGGCCCAUAACCUCUUCCCUACAGACCAUGGCUAGAGGAGUGAAUAAAGUUCCUGUGGAGGUGCUUGCUUGUGCUGGGCUCC